CCAGGCCUGGAGCUCUCUCAGUGUGGGUCAGUCCGCUCCCUGGGGGCUGCCCUCCCCUGGCGGCCGGGGGCUCCCUGCAAGAUGAAGAGGGUCCGCACCGUCUUCACUCCUGAGCAGCUGGAGCGGCUGGAGAAGGAGUUCCUCAAGCAGCAGUACAUGGUGGGCACGGAGCGUGUGGACCUGGCUGCCACCCUGCACCUCACGGAGACCCAGGUGAAGGUUUGGUUUCAGAACAGAAGAAUAAAGUGGCGGAAGCAGAGCUUGGAGCAGAAGGCUGCAAAGCUGUCUCAGUUUGGUACAACACAGUUGACUACCUCCGAGCGGCCUGAGGAACAGGGCAGUGAAGAAGACCCCUUGGACGUUGACGUCUAG